AUGUACGGAGGUGUUGGCCUCUCCACCUGCCUCUGCCUGCACGCCGAAGAAAACGCCCUCCUCGAAGCCGGCCGCGACCGCAUCGGCGAGAACGCCAUCCUAUACUGCAACACAUGCCCCUGCUUGACCUGCAGCGUCAAGAUAACACAAGUUGGUAUCAGCGAGGUCGUCUAUAACCAAGGCUACCUCGUGGAUGACCAGACGGCCAAGAUCUUUACGGAGAGCGGCGUCAAGCUGCGCCAGUUCUCGCCGCCUGCAGACGGACUGGUAGAUCUGAGCAUCGGUGUGGGCGCAGACAAGCAGGAAGAGGACAAGGCAGAGGAUGCCAGAGAACUACUCGAUGAUAUGAACUUCCUGCGACCUGUGGACAAUUAG